UUCCCAGUCAACUCGCUAGGUGACGUGUUUACAAACGCAUGUCUUUACAAAAACUUUGAAAUUCCCGCUCUUUUUCUUAUUCCAAGGAAUGCUGGGAGAAUCAAGAUGGCGUCCAAUCCCUCACAUCUUUUGCCGCUAGAACUGGUAGACAAGUGUAUCGGCUCACGCAUCCACAUCGUCAUGAAGAGUGACAAGGAAAUCGUGGGGACUUUGCUGGGGUUCGACGACUUUGUCAACAUGGUUUUGGAGGAUGUGACAGAAUUCGAGAACACAUCAGAAGGAAGAAGAAUCACAAAGCUGGAUCAAAUCUUGCUGAAUGGGAACAACAUCACUAUGCUCAUUCCAGGAGGAGAGGGACCAGAGGCAUAGCUCCCAGCAUCGUCUAGGUGCCAGGUCCUGUUGCCAUAGUAACCAGGACGUCAACACCACCACCACCAGUCAGGAUCAUGACAGACUCCUUCAGAGUAGCAGCAGUGUUGGAGGAGAUGAACUUUGAUGAACUCCUGCAUCCGGUCCAGAUGAUGUUCCUCAUGAUCCUGUUCUGUGUGACAACCUUCUUUAUCCUACCCUUCAUUUUGAUUUCGUUUUAACAUCGGUUCUUGUUUGUUUGUUUUUCAUGCUAGCCUUCAUAUUUAUCUGCCAGGUUACAUAAUUCCACCACUUUGAAAAACAACGUGUUCGUGAUAUCUCUAGUUCAACACUCCCAGAUAUGUAUCGUUUGAAUGUGCAAAUUUGCAUUAUAUAUUUUGGGAUGUUAUUUUGGAAAUCUCUUAAGAAACAUGCUUUUGGGAUGGCAUAUAUUUGUGACCUGGUAAAAUAAUUUUGGUAGAUGUUGCAUCAACAGCAAGUAUUGUGAAAAUUGAAUGAAGCCAAACGUAUGCAAAAGAGAAUCUAAAUCAUAAAUGAUAUUUUAUGUGAUUCGCACUUUAAAAGAAAUCAAAACAUUCCUUACAAAGUGAGGACGUGGACAACAUUUUUUUAGUGUAUGGAAAACGCAAACUACUUUCUGAGAGAAAUUAGAUACGUAAGCAUGUUGAGAUCAUGUACUGUAAGACAUAUCCCAUUCAAGCAAACGGAUAAGAAGUUAUUUUUUUAGACUUGAGUUCAGCUCACAUUCUUGAAUCAUGUACUUUGUCAUCUAAGACAAAGCUCCAUUGAGUACAUGUAAAAA